CGCGCUAUAUGGAGACCGGAGUCCAGAGCCGCGGUACCGGAGACCGGAGUCCAGAGCCGGGGUACCGUAGACCGGAGGUCAGAAACACGGUGCCGAAGACCAGAGCCGCGGUACCGGAGACCGGAGAUCAGAGGCGCAGUACCGGAGGAGAAGCCUCGCUGUGGUCCAGGACUCGCUGAGGGAAGAGGAAACAACAGCGCACGAUUUGCGCAGUGAUGGAGGCUCCGGAUGUACAACAGGAGAAACUGCAAGGGGCAGCAGAGAGGAGGAGACAGACAGAGACAGAGGAGAAGAGGAGGCAGCUGGAGCAGUACCGGAGACACCUCCAGCACAUCAAGUCCGCCACGCUGCGGGAGCGCUGGCUGCUGGAGGGGGCGCCCCCUGCAGGCGGGGAGGAGGAGCGCCAGCUGGAGAGCUGCAUCAGCAGACUGGAAGAGGAAGUGCUGUGUUUGGAGUCUGGAAGUACAAGACCAUAUGAGACUAUGAUUGGGUACUCAGUAAAAGAGGUGGGCGGAGCUGACCUGACAGCGUUCUCAGACGGUGGGGCGUUGCAGCCCUCAGACGGUGGGACGUUGCAGCCCUCAGACGGUGGGACGUUGCAGCCCUCAGACGGUGGGACGUUGCAGCCCUCAGACGGUGGGACGUUGCAGCCCUCAGACGGUGGGACGUUGCAGCCCUCAGACGGUGGGACGUUGCAGCCCUCAGACGGUGGGACGUUGCAGCCCUCAGACGGUGGGACGUUGCAGCCCUCAGACGGUGGGACGUUGCAGCCCUCUGACGGUGGGACGUUGCAGCCCUCAGACGGUGGGACGUUGCAGAGCUCUGACGGUUUGAAUCAGCGGCAAUCUUCUGCUCCUCCGGACUCUCUGUUGAAAGCAGCCAUGUACUCCGUAGAGAUCAGGGUGGAGCGGGACCGGGCGACCGGGGAGACCAGAGUCCUCUCCUCCAACACGCUGCUUCCUGUUGACCUCUCGCUCCACGGGGUCAAAGUCUACGAGGACCGGACCCGAGUGGUCCACGAGGUCAACGGGGAGAAUGAUGUUCAGCCACUGAGCUUCUUGGAGGUGGAGGAUCUCAUCCUGAAGGCCGACCAAGUGUCCAUGGAGCCGCACCCUGCUGGCCCCGCCCCCACCCACCACCCUGCUGGCCCCACCCCCACCGGCCCCGCCCCCGCCCACAACCCUGAUGGCCCCGCUCACCACCCUGCUGGCCCUGCCCCCGCCCACCAACCUGAUGGCCCCGCCCCCAGCCGGUCCCCUUCCUCUGGGAUCCAAGAGGUCCCUCAGAAGUCUCGUCAGAAGACUCGUCAGAAGUCUCGUCAGAAGCCUCGUCAGAAGGCUCGUCAGAGCCCGGUGGAGGCCAGGGGCCCCCAGCCGGAGGCGGAGCUGGCGGGGGCCAGUGAGGAGCACCCUGUGACCAUGGUGUUCAUGGGGUACCAGAGCGUGGAAGACCAGGACCAGACCAGCAGGGUCCUGGGGCUGGAGGGCACCGUGACGGCUGAGCUGGUCCUGAUAGAAGACAAUGAGGGGAGGACCCCCCCGGGGGCCAGCCCCCAGGGGCCGGAGGGCGAGCCCCUGGUGGGCGGGGCCUCGGUGGGCGGGGCCUCGGUGGGGGGGCUCUCGGUGGGGGGGCCCUCGGUGGGGGGGCCCUCGAUGGAGGGGCUCUCGGUGGGGGGGGCCUCCAAACAGACUGUGGAGCCAAAUGGCCGCAGCCUUUCCUCCAGCCUGCCCCACCCCAAGGCAGCAGAGGGAGGAGCCUCAGAGGGAGGAGCCUCAGAGGGAGGAGCCUCAGAUGGAGGAGCCUCAGAGGGAGGAGCCUCAGAUGUCCACCAACAGGAGAGGGAGAAGCAGCCGUGCAAAUGUUGCAUCAUUAUGUGA